AUGGCCCCCUUCGCCGCCCGCCUCCUCCGCUCCCCUCUUCUCCCGACCUCUGUCGUCGCAUCUACCCUCUACAUGUCCUCCGCUUCGCUCGCUGCCGACGAGGGCAAGGCCCCUGCUGCCCCCUCUGUCUUUCCCGGACGCUCAAGCUCAGGCGAGAAGCUUCCCAUCUACCCCACCCCUGAACACACGCCCACAGUCACCCUCGUCGAGACGCACAACCCUAUCGUGCCGUAUAUCACUCAGAGCAGAGAAGCUGUCAGCGGCGUGUUGGGCGACGCAAAGGGCGCUGUCCAGGGCGGUGUCUCUAAAUGGAUCUCUUUCGAGCGAGGUGUCGAGCGCGAGGUCAAAUCAGUCCUCCCUUCUGACGAGCCUCUGAACCCGGGAUUGAUCUAUGUCCUCAUUUCCGGUCUUUCUGGCUCUGUCCUCACCCGAACCCGAUCCCUGCCCAUCCGGUUCCUCGCCCCUCCCAUCUUUACCCUCCUCGCUUUCCCCUACUUCCUCCCUAAAACCUCGCACAACAUCCGAUCAUACUUUUCCAACCUCGAAAACAAGCACUUUCCCGAAUUUGCUGCCAAGCACGACCACAUUGUGCAGACUGGCAUUGCCCAUACCUCUGGGCUUUUCUACAGGAUCGGAGAUGCCGCCGAGGAUGCUAGAGAGUGGGGACACAAGGCUGUUGAGGGUGUCGAGAAGACUACAGGGCUGAGGCUUGGCGAGGCCGUGAGCAGGGUCGAAAAGGAGCAAGGGAGAUUGGCCGAGCAGAAGGCUGUCGCGGUCCCUGUGCAAAAGUACGAGACAGUCGGCUAUGUGGUGGAGCAAAAGCCGGUGGCAGAGGUUGUGGCUCCUGUAGAGCCCAAGGUGGAGAAGAAGUUGGUGUAA